AUACUUGCUAAUUUCGUUUGGAAUUAAUUGUUCCUUCUACCAAUGUUGGCAUCAUAUAUAUGGCUAAACAAGUGUUUGCAACAUCUCCUCUUCACUGCAGGAUCUCAUACACAUCGGAGACAUAACUCAUGAGCGGCGCCCCUGCAGCAAGCGGCAGCCUACGGACGGCCCUCUCGUACUGCGUCCAGCAAGUCCGCAGCUAUGACUACCACAACUACCUCUGCAUGCUCCACCUGCCUCCCUCCAUGCGCAGGGCUGCCUUCACCUUCCGGGCGUUCAACGUCGAGACGGCCAAGGCCAUGGACGUCGUGUCCGACCCCAGGAAGGGCCUCAUGCGCCUCCUCUGGUGGAAGGACGUGAUUGACAAGAUCUACGCCGGCAAGACUGUCGAGCACCCCGUCGCCCUGGCGCUCUCCUCGGUCCUCUCUCAGCAGAAGAUCAGCAAGCACUGGCUCAAGAGGUCGCUGGAGGCGAGGAUAAACGAUGGGAACAGGGACGAGUACGCCAUUCCGGAGACGGUUCCAGAGCUGGAGAGGUACGCGGAGGACACCCAGUCGACCAUCCUUUACAUGACCUUGCAAGCCGGCGGGAUACAGUCGACGGUCGCUGAUCAUGCCGCCUCGCACAUCGGCAAGGCUAGCGGGCUGCUGCUGCUGCUCAAGGCGCUGCCGCACCAUGUGAGCAAGCAAGGGACGAUACCGUACAUCCCGGCGAGUGUGGCUGAGGAGUGUGGUUUGCUUACACAGGAGGGCGGCAGGUCAGAGGUCAGGAUGGGUGAUACGCUACCAGAUGCAGUUUUCAAGGUUGCAUCUGUUGCCGAAGCUCACCUGCAGAAGGCGCGGGAGCUCACCGCGUCCGUGCCAGCAGAGGCGAUCCCCGUGCUCCUCCCAGCGGUGCCAGCACAGGUCCUCCUGGACUCCAUGCGACGCCGUGAAUUCAACGUCUUCGACUCACGCUUGUCCAGUGGAGUCCAUGGCAUAUCCCCUCUGUGGUACCAGCUCAAGCUCAACUGGCACGCAUGGCGAAACAAGUACUGAAAUCAUCCAUACAGUGCGAAGCCUGUUUGUCGAAAGCAUGGGUCAGUGUUGAGUUUUAGCUCAGACUAAACGUGGGGUAUGUGUUUACCGAAAUGUAAUAAGCUUGAUGAUGAAGAAAAGCUCUGUCUUGCUACUUGCCAACUGACUGCCUCUGAGCAUUUUUGUUGUAGCUUCUUUUUUCUCGGAUACAUGGGGUUGUUUGCUUUGUUUGUAGUCCAAUUUUGAUAUGAUGUGGAUGAAUGUUUUCUGUUGUGUCUGUUCUUCA